AUGGUUCUAUUAGAUGAGAAGGGUGGAAGGAUACAUGCUACUGUCAAAGGAUCUCUGAAUGUCCGUAAAAAUUUUUGUGAAGGGGAUGUCUAUUUUAUAAGCAAUUGUGGAGUUGGGUUGAAUAAUGAUAAUUUCAAGCCAACUAAACAUGAUUAUCGUCUGUCUUUCAACUUGAGGACCGAUGUUAAAUCGACUGUGUAUGCUACUAUUCCUACUAAUGGAUUUAGUUUUGUUGAUUUUGACGUUAUAGAGAGAGAAUCAGCUGACUCUUCUUAUUUAGUGGGCAAUGUUUUUGUCUCUGAGUUUAUUGACGUCAUCGGUUUGCUGUCAGGUAUUGGGGAUGUUCAUGAGCAUGUUGUAUCCGGUAGAAAAACAAAGAUGGUUUUUUUAGAACUUGAUGACAUCAGGGGUCACAAGCUCGAACGUACUUUGUGGGAGCAACAUGUGGAUAAAGUGCAGUAUUUCUUGGCAAAGAACGAGUCUCCUCAAAAUGUUGCAAUCGUCCAGCUUGCAAGGAUUAAGGGUUUCAGGGGUCACAAGCUUGAGUCAUUUUAUGAGAACAAUAUGUGGAUGAAGUGCGAACGUUUUUGGCAAACAAACAGUCUUCUCAGAACAUCAUAA